AGUUCGGCCGCCGUCAUGGUGCAGCUCGGUAGCCGCCUCCUGAAAGGCUACCGCGGAGGGCAUGUCGUGAUCCGUUUUGCCCUCGGAGGCUGCACCAACCGGCCCUUCUUUCGUAUCGUGGCAGCGCACAGCAAACGCGCCCGCGACGGGAAGUACCUGGAGCAGCUCGGCUGCCUCGACCCACUGCCCAACGCCUACGGCGAGAGGGUGGCGGGGCUCAACCUGGAACGGCUGCGCUACUGGCUCGGCUGCGGCGCGCAGCUCUCCCGGCCCGCAGAGAAGCUUUUGGGUCUAGCAGGGUUCCUGCCGCUGCACCCCAUGACAGUGACUGGCGCCGAGAGGCUGCGCCGCCGGCGGACCGCGCCCUCAGCGAUCAGCUCGCCCGGACCCGGCGAUGGGGCCUGA